AUGACGGACGAUAGAAUUCAGCAUGGAGAAGAUGGUAUGAGCAAGAGAAAACUCGAUGAAUUUUCUGCGCUUUAUAAUUUGGACAAUGGUACAAGUACUCGGAACCUCUCUGACCCUAAUGGUCCCGAAGGCGCAUUUAAGAAAAUAAAGCAUGAACCUGGUUCAGGAACCACCAAUUCCGGAAUUAGCGGUGGGAGUUCGAAUCCAGCGGCGUGUCCUACUCCCGCGCGACGCCGCCACCGAACCACAUUUACACAGGAACAGCUUCAAGAAUUAGAGAAUGCGUUCGCCAAAAGCCAUUACCCUGACAUUUACUGCCGUGAAGAAUUGGCCAGGAUUACAAAACUCAACGAGGCCAGAAUACAGGUGUGGUUCCAGAACAGAAGAGCAAAAUACAGAAAACAGGAGAAACAAUUAGCCAAAUCACUAUCGCCAGUAAUGAAUCCAGCUUGUGGAGCCAUGAUGAAAAAUAUUUACCCCACGACAUCAAGGCCAUACGGAACUUACCCUGCCCCACCCACUAUGAACUCUAUGUCUAGAUACCCUCAGAUGAACACAAGCUACCCUCCCGUGGCACAGUUCUCAAGCAUGCCGGGAAUGCCAACAACCAAUAUGGCGACUAUGCCCAGACAAGUUCAACAGUUUCCAAUGACAGAUUAUAAUUUGGAAACACACGAAGAUGACUGGUACAACAAGAGUUUAACAGCUCUGCGGAUGAACAACACACACCAUGGUCUGUCGAACCCAGUGCUGCAGUAUCAAGCGUGACCACAGAACACGAUACCGCUGAUUUAACGGUGUUCGAAUAAGCAUCGUCGCCAAAAUUCAAACUGUGUUUAGAAUUGAUAGUUAUAUUUAGUGCUGAUUGAAAAAUGGAUGUGAAAUACAAAGGACUGCGUGGAUAAUAUGACUUCGUAUGAAAAUGAAAGUUUAUAGUAUGCAUGUUUAUAAAUGUAAUUGUAUGGCAAAACUAUAAUAUAUGUUAUAAUUAAAGAAA